AUGUCGUCGACUCGCCGCGAUGAGCCAAACAUGCCUGUAACUCCUUCUCGACGCCGAGUAUACAAUACCAGUGUAACCAACGACUCCCCACGAAGGAUGCGUGCCAUUAUGAAUGGGCUUACUGGAAGUUCGUCAGACGAUGAGAUGGGGGACUACCAAACUGCAGAUACCAGCCUGCGAUCCCCCGUCCGACUGGACAACCGUGCUAUGAGCUCCGCUGCAGGCAAGAAGACCGCCGUCCUCGAAUCUCGCUCCUCUACUAGCGCUGUUCACGACAAUCGAAGAGCAGCUAUCGACAAUGCAACCAUUGAUGAGUACAAUGGUUGGUCUGAUGAUCAAAUGCGUCAAACCUAUGUAUACAGGGUGAACCAGCUCGACGUCAAAGAUCGGGAGCUCAAAGCGAAAGAUAAGGAGCUCAAAGCCAAGAACGAGGAACUCGAGGCCAAAGAGGAGCAGAUCGAAGCACUGAAAGAACAGUUGAGGCUGCUAAGAGAGGAAAGAGAUUAUUUUUCUUCUCGCAGGAGUCAGCAUCCAUCCCCUUCGAAAACAGCAAUGCAG